AUGGGUCUCCGCCAAUCCUCCCCCUCCGACUUCCCACCGCCCGGCACGCCGGUCGUCCACCUCCUCCAUCUCCGCCACGACAUCAUGAACGAAGCCAGUAAUCGUGCAGCCGGACAGGCCAUCCAAAUCCUCGGCAUUGAAGGCGUCACGGCGACCACAGGAGGCGGCAUAGUUUGGGAAGGGGUGCCUAUUGUCUGGGAGAUCAAGACGGAUAUUGCGGUGUAUUGGCGGACGAGAGAGUGGAUUCUGCGGAUUGAGGGAGUGGUUGGGUUUGAUUCGGAGGAGGAUGCGAGGAGGAUGGGGUGGAUCCCGUGA